AUGGAGAUCGCAUGGCUUCCGGCGCUGAUAUUCUGCGCGACCUUGGCCUUGGUAGCCGCCAGUCUGGAUCUCGGACCGAUCAUCAAGAUCGCACAGUGCCGAUCAUCGUGCUUACGACAUCACAUGGUCGAUGGCAACUGCUUGAACAUAAAUAAUAUCAACAGCCGAGUAUACGACUGUAAUUUGUGCUGGAACGCUUGUGAAACCUUCAGUUUUUGGAACAAAGAAGAAAUCGAUUGCACGCGAAUAUAUAAACACACAUCUCAUAUUCAAGGUUGCAAAACCGCAUACACAUUUUAUCAAACGCGCGGGAUGGAGGAAGACAAAUAUGAUCCGACUAAAUUACCAGCUCCUGAAGAAAAUAAAACUUUCCAUUUAAAUAACUAUGACAUUGCCGUAAUAAUGCAAAAAAAUGAGAAAGGAAUGUGGGAAAAAGAAGAUUAUUUCUACGCAAAACAGCAGCCUGCAGUGAUACCGGGCGGCUGGAUCAUCGUCGCCACGGACGAUGGCAUGGUCAAACACUACAGUUGGGAUAAAUGGUGGCCAAAACUACAAUUGCUCAAAGCAGGUGGCCCUCUCUAUCAGGCCUAUAUUACAUGGGAGGAUUGGCAAAUUCAACUGAAGAAUCAACACAAAAGGAUUACGUCAAAUUACUUUAAAUUCCAGUCCGUGAAAGAGAAACAGUAUAAAUUGUCUUUCGUUGUUACUUGGCAGGAGGAGACGGGAGACGGUAUUAUGGGCAAUCAGGUAACAGACAGUGAAUCGGCACAGAUUUCCUUGCCGUGCGGUAAAUAUUUGGUCAGAGUAGCCACCAACGACGGCCCAGGUAGCUAUCCAAUUGUUGUCGACACUGGAGACUGCAAGACUCCCAAAAUAUCGAUCUGGGACCUAUUUAAGUACGUCAACGAUCUGAGAAUUUUGAUUUUUAUAUUAUUGACGGUGGGACUCUUCUGUUCUAUUCCUAUUAUAUAUUUAUUUAGAAGAAAUCGAAUAAAGAGUGACAAAAAUAGUAAAGUGGAGGAGGGCUUGACAAAAUCGGAAAAAAUACUAAAGGAGAAAAUCUUGAAGCAACAUUUGCAAAAUAAACUAAUGAAUCGAGUGCUGAUCAACUUGGAACACGGACACCAUAGUCAUUCCACAGACAAUCUACUGUGGGUUAACGAAACAAACACGAAUGUUAGCACGAGUGUAAAGGCACAAGAUAUAAAUACGAGCACGCAAAACGCAAAAUGCGAGAAGGCAAACGUGAUUCAGAAAAGCUAGAUAAUCUUUUAAAAAAUUUAAUAGAAUUCUUUUUCUUGUUUAUUAACUUAGCAAGAACAACUCAGGGACUUUACUUGCUCUCAUGAAAGAGCGUGGUCUUCCGCUUGUAAUACAGUAUACAUAAUGAAGGGUAAAUAUAACGCGUUGCUACGAAAGCAAACAAACCAUCUUCACAUUCCUGA